GCCCAGAGAAGCAGAGGGGGAUUCAAAAGCACGUCGCUCCUUCUCGCUCAGGCUGCAGCUGAAUGGUCUGACGGAAAACGUUAUAAUUCUUGCCAACUGAAUCUGUUUUUUUUUUGAGGAUGAGUUCUGUUGAAGUGAACGAUGAGAAUCGUGGAGUUUACCCUGGAGGAAAGCACAACAGCUCAAGUAACGACAUAUUUGCGCUGGAUCAGCCAACUGGGAGGCCCUCAAUCCUGCGUCAGUCAGAGAACCUGCCCAGCAAGACUGUGCCAAAGGGGGUGAAGGUUUGUUUUCAGACUCCAAGAAGAGACCCUGUGACAAAGAGGAUUCUGUCUCCAACCAAGUCUGUCAAGAUGACGAGUGUGGAUGAAUGCACAAAAGCAAUGGAGACCUUAAAUUUGGAUACAACAAACACUUUGCCACAAGAGGUCACUCAGCACCCCGAUGAGCCCAAACAAGAAGUGUCAUCUUAUUCUGAUGACGACAUGCCAAUACAGAGCAAAGGAGGUUAUCAGCUGGAUUUUGACAACCUUGACGCUAUCAAUCCAUUUCAGGGGUCCUCUAAGAUGGUCCUCUCUCCAGCAAGGCCUGCUGUUGAAACCCUUCCUACAGAUCACACUGAGUCUAACCACACAAAACAAGAGAAUAUUUUUGAGGAGCCCACCAAGGUGGAAUCAGCUCUAGAUGAGACACUUCCAUUCACCCCGUCUGUGGAAAAUUCAGUGGUUGAUGUCUCCGCCAACAUCAGCUCCACAGAGAGCAGUGUGGUCACAGUGGCAAAGGUCUCAGCAGCUGAGGAACAAGAUUCGUGUGCUGCUAUGCCUGAUGAAGAGCAACCUGCUGAAACAUCUCCAAGUGUUGAUCAAGACAAAGCAUCAGGCAGCUUUGUGGAAGACGCCCCACUGCCAGCGAAAGGCUUGUAUAACUUGGAUUUUGACAACCUGGAUGCAAUUAAUCCUUUCCAGACUGGUGGCUCUAAAAUCCAGAAUUCCCCAGUUCUUGGGAGAAAGCUGCCAGACAAUAACCCACCUGUUGAGGAGCCACAGAUAAAGGAAAAUAAACCUGCUGAGAAGUUGCCUGUUCAGCCUGAUGUGAAACCCAUAGCUGCAGUGACCCCAAUGUCCACUAAUACAGCCAGGCCUCCAGCCACAGAAACCCAGCCGGCCGUUGCCCCAAUCAAUGAAGGCCCAAUCAAACUAGAGUUCAAUUUCGACGAUGGCAGUGAGGUUAAACGGAAACCGCCACCAAAGAAGUUUGGCAAAAGGCCACCUGGUGCAAAACCUAAAGAAGGAAAAGCGGCAUCUGAUGUCAAACCACCAAAAGAAACUUCAGCGAAGCCCGAUGCCAGUGAUGUUGCUGACGUUUCAGUCCCCAAAGGCACUUACUCAUUUGACUUUGACAAAUUUGACGACCCAAACUUCAAUCCUUUUGGCACAAAAAUGAGCGUGAGCAACUCUCCAGAGUGCAGCAAGAAAUCCAGCCCAGUGCUUAUGGAAACUGCCGUUCCAGAGCAAACUGAGACGCCCGUGGAGAAGGAAGCUGUAUCACCAGCAUGCACUGGGGAGAGCGUCCCAGCUGCCGAACCCUGCAAUGGAGAGGUAAAAGAAACUGCUGACUGUGACAAGGGAACUGUGCAGAGUCUUCCUGAGCUGUCUGAACUGUGUCAACCUGAGCAGAAGUCACAGAGUGCAAUGUUAGAAUUCAGUGACGAGUUUGUUCCUGGAACGAUGUUCAUGGCCAAUGAUUUUGAUGGCCAAAUCGACUACCUUGAACAGUUUGGGUCCAGCAGUUUCAAGGAAUCUGCACUGAGGAAACAGUCCUUGUACCUUAAAUUUGACCCCCUCCUGAGAGAGAGCCCAAAGAAGUCUUCAGGCCCGGCUGCUGAGACCCACGUCCCUCGUCCCGCUGCCUUUGCCUCACGCCUUGAAACUCCACAGAUGGCAGAAAAAGAGGCAACAAAUGGACCGCAAAAGGGCGAUUUCAAACUGUUUGAUGAUGCUACAGCACCAACUGCUCCAAUCCUGGAGAGCCUCGUCCCACCUUUCCCACAGCCGGAAAACACAGAGGACGCCAUCAUUGAAGUGCUGAAGUACAGUCAGAAAGACAUGGACGCAGCCAUCGCCAAAGUCCAGGCAGAAGCACAGGAAAAAGAGGAGCAGUGGAGUGCUAAAUAUAAGAAACAACUGGACGAUGGCCAAGAAAUGAGGAAGAUAAUUGCAGAAUUUGAGCUCAUGAUUGCCAAAAUGAUGGCUGAUCAAGAGAAGGAGAGAGAGGUGGCCCAGGCAAAGCUCAACGAGGUUCUGCUGGAGAAAGAGCAGGCAUCCAGUGACCUGAGCGCCAUGGAGAGAUCUUUCUCUGAGCUUUUCAAGAGAUUGGAGAAGUACAAGGAUGUUAUUGAAGGUUACAAAAAGAAUGAAGAGACUCUGAAAGCCUGUGCUCAGGACUACCUGGCAAGGAUCAAAAAGGAGGAGCAGCGCUACCAGACCCUUAAAGCCCAUGCUGAGGAAAAAAUUGGCCACGCAAAUCAAGAAAUUGCCGAGGUGCGGUCCAAGUACAAGGCUGAGGUUUCGGCCCUACAAGCCCAGCUGCGCCGGGAGCAGCUGAAGGUGCAGUCACUGGAGAAGAGCCUGGACCAGAAAGAGAAGGAGGCUGAAGAGCUGACCAAGCUUUGUGAUGAGCUUAUCACCAAAGUCCAGAAGGGUUGAGCUCAUUUGUAAAUACUGUAUGUUUUAAGUACCUCUCUGUUUUUCUUUGUUUGUGUCAGUUGGAUCUUUCUUGUGUAGUAUGUUGUUUGUUUUUGUCAAUGUUCUUAGAAUACUGUAAAAAAAAGGUAAUAAUAAAGAUGAUUUACAAGUUUA